CCAAUCAAAAGUCGGCGUUUAUCUUCCGUUAGAAUGUGCACUAGGCUGUAUUGGCUAAUUUGUUAGUUAUUGUAUUUCCUUGAAGUUAACAGAAUUUGAUGUUGCAGCUGUCCAUAUGCAUUUCUUCAGUAUAAAACCACAAGGGCGUUAUUAAUAGAGGCUUUUGAAAAACGUGAGGGCUUACAAAGGAAACUACAGUAACGUAAGCUGUCCAGUUGGGUCGUGCUAAGUUAGGUAGCGUAGGUAGCGUUCAUUCUUAUCCGUCUCUUGUUUUCGUUCUCGUAGUCGACCUACCCAGCGUCUAGUACCAUUUUAUUUGAAAUGCCGAUAUGUGUCUAGACAUGUACAUUUUGGCUGCAUUUUAUAUCGCAUUUAUCCGGAUCUGUUGAACAUCACAUCUGCAACAUAGUGCUAGCUGGCUAACGGAGUUAGCGCAGUAUCAACGCCUCGACAAGCUAGCUACUUCAACAUGAGCACGAAACGGGCUAAUUGCGGAGGCAUUGGAACGCAUUCACCAUCAAGUUCCAACUCCACAGUUAGCGGUGUUUGUCGCAAACAGAGCACAACCACUACUAACAUGCAGUCGGGUGGCGGCUUCGCAUUUGAGCCGAAGGGCGAAAGAGCUGGAUGCGAAUCCAGUGUCUCCAUAUCGUCAUUGAAAAACCGUCUCGCCCCAACUAUCCGAAACACUCUUGCCGCUGCAGUGGACACACUUCUUGGCGAGAUGGUCCUCGUGCUGACCGAGACACAGCAAGACCUGGUGACUAAGGAGCAAGAAAACGAGAGACUAAAAGUACGACUUGAAGUGUCGGAGAGAGAGAUGAAGACGUUACAGGAAUGUUUGUGCAGCGCCCAAAAACUAAUCGACCAACUCCAGGGUCCCUUUGGUGGGACCUCUAACUACGGCCAGCAGUUUUACCCCACCUCUCCUCCGGGAUCUAUCAAUCCUGGACUUGACAGGUCCCGAAUGGGACAUCGGAUGCCGAACGGGCCCGAUGCUCGUUGUUAUGGCGUUGAACCAGAGUACGGAGGCACGAUGGGUGAUGCGUCAAUGGGGUACGAUUCCCGGGACGAGUACAAGAACUGCCAUCUCUCCAUCCAAGCGGACGGUACUGUAACCAAUCACAUGUUCGACCCCAUGGCCGUAAACUCUCAAGGGAUGUCUUCAGAACUCCACAGGCCAGAUGUUGGCGUGGAAGGUAGGAGACACCCUGAGGGGCCUGGCCUAGGCCCCAUGUCCCCCUCUGGGCACCGGCUGGCGGUGAAGGAGGAGCAGGGACAGGCCUCAGGCCCUCUGUGUCGCCGUGGAGGCCGGGAGCGAGGCUCUGGAACUGGGGCGGUGGGAGGGGGCGCGCCCGAGAGUGAGCAGAGCGCUCAGAGCGUAGGCGAGCUGGGCUGCAUCCAUGUGGUGGAGGAGGAGGGCAGGAGUGGUGGUGGUGCUGCUGGAGCAGCGCGACGCGGCUACCCGCAGACUCAGCCACCUCAGCCUGGGUCUCACAGCGAGGCCACCACCAGCUCUGGCACACAGGGACCAUCCGGGCUGAGGAACGCCCAGAAGACGGCACCGACCCGGGCGUCGCCUGGGACGGCAGCUGUGGCGCACAGAGGGAGCACACCAGGCCGCUCUUCUCUCGGGGAGCGGAGUGAGGGAGGGGUGGGGAGCGGCGCGGCAAUGACUGCAACGGACCCGUCUGGCGGCGACCGCCCCCAUCUGUGCCUGGAGUGUGGCAAGACAUUCCGGCUGAUCUCCAGCCUGAAGAAGCACGUGCGCAUCCACACGGGCGAGAAGCCGUACCCAUGUGGCGUGUGCGGCCGCCGCUUCCGUGAGUCCGGCGCACUCAAGACGCACCUGCGUAUCCACACGGGCGAGAAGCCCUAUGCCUGCUCUGAGUGCGGCACGCGCUUCCGCCACCUGGACGGCCUGCGCAAGCACCGGCGCACACACACUGGCGAGAAGCCGUACGUGUGCGCCAUCUGCGGAAAACGCCUCAGCCGCCUGCAGCACCUCAAGCACCACCAGCGCAUUCACACCGGCGAGCGGCCGUGCGUCUGCCCCUGCUGCCACUGCACCUUCAAGGACCCCGCCAGCCUCCGCAAGCACCUCCGCACCAGCCACCCAGGGGAGCCCGCUGCCACCAAUGCCCAGGACGGGUCACAUGGCGGCGGGUUCAAAGAGGAUCCGGAGGGGGGUGCUGGUAGUGGAGGUGGUGGUGGGGGAGGGGGGGAGGAUGACCCCCUCCAGGCCUCCAUGGGCUCGUCCCCGGGGGCGGCUAUGCGGUUCGGGAUGUGGGGUGAGGAGGAGGAGCGGGAUGAUGAAGAGCAGCCAGUGGUGGACUGUGUGUAGGGGGACCGGGUUGGACCAUAUACACCCACACACAUAAAUGCCUGCAGUGAUCUGCAGAUAUGUGUAUGUAAUGUCUAUUUUGAAUCAGUGGGCACCUUGUGCCAUGUGUGUAUGUGUCUGAAUGUGUGACAGAGCGUGCUUUAGUAUUUAUCAUACAUUAGCACCUUAAAUGACUUGCUUAGACUGUAAACUCUCCCACAUGUCUGUCCUGGGCCUUUGCAUUAGUGGUGACAGCACAGUUCACCAAAACAUAUUUCACCAUCUGGAAAUGAAACCUAUUUUUGCAGCAUAUUUCAGCAUCCUAUUGUUGUUCUUUGUGGCAUUUAUUAAUAUCAUGCUCAUCAUAACCAUCAUGUUAUUUUCAUCUUGUGCAGUCCUGGCUUUGUAUAAAAAGCUCUUUGUAAGCAAAUUCUAAAUACAGUUUUGUUUUCAGAUGAA